CAAAAAUACACAGAAAUUAAAGUGUUUCUUUUCAGGAAUAAACAGACAUUUAGAAUAUUUAGGAACUGAUUUUGCGAAUUAGAUGGUCGAAAGGGACAGAUGGAAUGUAUAGCAUCUUAGAAAAAGUGAUUGAAUUUUGUUCUCCUACUGUAAAGGGUCAUGAUCCAAGCUCGAAAAGAUGGCAACAUUACUAAAGAGCAGAAACCUGAAGACCAAGUUACCAGUUCUACAACUCAGCGAACAAUACCAACUAUUAGAACAGUACAUUCUCUUGACCAACGUCGGGCAGCUUUUGUUACGAAUACUGUAGGUGGUCCUACAACAGUUAUUUUGUCGGAGGGCAAUACCAUUCCAGAAGGUAGCACUUUGCAGUAUCGACGAGUAUCUAUAGGACCACAGCAUGUAGUAACUCCUGUACAAGUUCAGGGUACCGGUUCCACUUCUGUGUCUGAUUCAGGAAAUCCAAGAUGCACUGUCACAUCAACUCAAGAUCUGGCCCAUAUUCUUGUGGCUGCCACUUCAAAUUCUCCUCUUCAUACUGUAGAAUUACAAAAUUCCAUUGUGAAUGUAAGUGCUUCCAUGCCACAACAGUUCCAGACUCUUGGAAACUUUACAAACGCCGUCACAAGUGCUCAACGGACAGCAAGUGCUGCAGUCAUUGCCCAAACUGGUGCACAGACACCAAGAAUAGUUUUGAACAGUGGUGGCAUUUCUGAUGUCUACGCACUCCGUAUAACUCCCACAACUUUGGGUAGUGGAGGCUCCUCUCAACAGAUAAUGGUGUUGGAUUCUUCUGCAAGUCUCGCACCAUCAAGUGAUGUGACGAAAGUUCACUCCUACAGCUUGGCGAGUGCCACUGUGUCAUCUCUUGCACCUUCUAAUGCAAUGCAGAAAAUUGUCAUUAAUGCAUCUGGGCAGCCUUUGCAAGUGACUAGCUUGUCACAUAAGUCUCCCAUUACUCACAAUCAAUUGAGAACUGGUGUAAAGCGUCAGUUACUUACUACUAGCCCUGUACGUACCAAUGUGUUAACUGUAAAUAAUACUGAAUUAUUAGCACACAUGUCCACUGUAAAUAAACUGUUAUUUGGUUUGGUAUCUUAUGAAGGUAAAAUUUCUAGCAUUCCAAGUAGCCCUAAAGCAAAAAGAAUAAAACUGGAGAAAUCCAUUGUAGUCAAUAGAGAUCUGGCAAAGCGUAAAAAGGUUGCUGACCAUUUACAAAGGAAGUUACUAUUAUUGAAAACGAAGUACUAUCAACAACAGACUGAAUAUUAUUUCCUAAAAAAUGGUGGAAAUCUUGUGGAUUUUAUAGGAUGGAGAAAGAAAAUGAAACCUGCACUUUUAGAAUAUCUAAAAACAAAUCGUUUUGAUCCUCCAGAUGAUGUGAAAGCUAUUUCUGAUAUUUUAGUGCAGUCAACUUUACAAACCAUCGGGAAUCCUGCAUUAUAUUCACAAGGAUCACCUGCUGACAAUUCAUUAUUAAAAUCAUCAAAUUCUAGUCACACCCAGGCAUUCCGAACUGCUUCUGUUCCCUCAUCUCCACGCUUAGUCAGUACCUCAUCAUCAGUUCAGACUUCUGCUGCUGCAAUAAAGAAUGUUAAACAGCCUGCUAUUUCUCAUAAGCAUUUGUCAAAACACAAUUCAAUCUCAUCUGUUUAUGACUCGCAGAUAGGAUCACAGGAAGAAAUAGUUGAAAGAGCAAAGCAGGAAGCUUAUGUUAUGCAAAGAGUUGGCGAUUUGCGGAAGGAAGGUUUGUGGUCCAUGAAAAGAUUGCCAAAAGUUGCUGAAACUCCUAGAAUUAAAGCUCACUGGGAUUAUUUAUUAGAAGAAAUGGCUUGGUUAGCAACAGAUUUUGCACAAGAGAGAAAGUGGAAAAAAGCAGCUGCAAAAAAGUGUGCUCGCAUGAUCACCAAAUACUUCCAAGAGAAAGAAAUAAAAGCUGAAAAAGCUGAGAAGGAAGAACAACUAAAGCUUCGUAAAAUUGCUAGUACUAUUGCAAGAGAAAUCAAGCAGUUCUGGAGUAACAUUGAAAAGCUGGCUGAAUAUAAGCAACAAACAUGGUUAGAAGAAAAGCGGAAAAAAGUCUUGGAUACACAUCUUAAUUUUAUUGUGGACCAGACUGAAAAAUAUUCAUCUUGGCUUACUCAAGGCAUGAAUAGAAGUACCAAAGAUAGUCCUGAAUCUAGCCGAGCUUCCUCACCUAUUCCAGGUUCUACAUCUCUAUCUCCAAAGAAAAGACUUGAAUGUGAUUCUGAAGAUUUUGAACCAUCAGGCAGCGAUGGGGAUGAUGAGGCUACUAUCCAGAAAGAAGAAGAAGAUGUCAAUGAAGCAGAACAAAAUGAAGAAAUCAAACUUCUUCAGCAAGAAAGUGAAAUGCCAUUUGAGGAUUUUCUUGAAUCUCUUCCUCCUGAAAUCUUAAGUUCACAUACUUCUUUAAAUGACUCCAAAUUAAGUGGAGACAUUGAAGCUUCUUGCUCUUCCUUUGCAAAAGAGUCCAAAGAAAAUAAAAAAAAAGUAUUGCCAAAUAGUGAUGAUGAUUUUGAAGCAUCGGAUGAAGAAGAAGACGAUGAACAAACAUUAUUGGAGCAAGAAGAUGAAGAAAAAGAUGUUGAUCAUGACCAAGAAAUGCGUGAUCUGGAAGCUGAAAAUGAACUCUCCAUUGAAGAACUCAGAGCUAAGUAUUCUGCUGCAUAUACAAGUGAUUUUGAAGUAGAAACUUCAGAACAGUUGAGUGGCAUUAAUGAUUCUGAAAGUAGUGAUGAAUAUUCUGAAGAUGAAAACAAAGAAAAUGAUAACGAAUCAUCACUGAAAGAGCUUACAUCCCAAGAUCGAAAUGAAGAUGAUAAUCCAUCGAAAGAGAUCAGUGAUAUUGCAGCUGCUGCGGAAAGCUUUCAACCUAAAGGAAACACAUUAUCUACCACUCAUGUUUGUACCAAAAUUCCAUUUCUGCUUAAACAUUCUUUGCGUGAAUAUCAACACAUAGGAUUAGAUUGGUUGAAUGCAAUGUAUGAGAAGAAAUUGAAUGGCAUUCUUGCAGAUGAAAUGGGCUUAGGAAAAACUAUUCAGACAAUAUCCAUGCUGGCACAUCUUGCUUGUGAAAAAGGUGUUUGGGGUCCUCAUCUUAUUGUUGUUCCUACAAGUGUAAUGUUAAAUUGGGAAAUGGAGUUCAAGAAAUGGUGUCCUGCAUUUAAAAUUUUGACUUAUUAUGGCACGCCUAAGGAACGAAAACAGAAGAGGGUGGGCUGGACAAAGUUCAAUGCUUUUCAUGUAUGUAUAACUUCUUAUAAAUUGGUAGUGCAAGAUCAUCAGUCUUUCAGAAGGAAAAAGUGGAAGUAUUUAAUUUUAGAUGAGGCACAGCAUAUCAAAAACUUCAAGUCUCAGCGUUGGCAAAUGUUGCUGAACUUCCAAAGCUCACAUAGGCUUUUGCUGACUGGCACUCCCCUUCAAAACAACUUAAUGGAAUUAUGGUCUCUCAUGCACUUCCUCAUGCCCAAUGUCUUCCAGUCACAUAGAGAGUUCAAGGAGUGGUUUGUCAAUCCAGUUACUGGGAUGAUAGAGGGAAAUCAUGAAUACAAUGAGAGUCUCAUUAAAAGGCUACAUAAGGUAUUAAGACCUUUCUUGUUAAGAAGGCUUAAAUCGGAAGUUGAGAAGCAACUGCCUAAAAAAUAUGAACAUGUUGUUGUAUGCAGACUUUCUAACCGACAGAGAUAUCUAUAUGAUGACUUCAUGUCCCAAACUAAGACCAAAGAAACUCUUGCGACAGGAAACUUCAUGAGUGUAAUUAAUAUUUUGAUGCAGUUGAGAAAAGUGUGCAAUCAUCCAAAUAUGUUUGAAGAAAGACCAACAAUAUCUCCUUUCUUGAUGGAAGGAAUUAAAUAUCAUACUGCAUCUCUUGCAAUGGGUGCUCUUGAUUAUGAUCCUUUUAAGCAUAUCAAUUUAUCAUCUCUGAACCUUUUACUUGCUGAUCUUGAACUGUCAUUAACUGCAUUCGCUGCACAUCGUGUAAAGAAAUUUCAAGUACCACCAAAAUUAAUUGUUGAAAUCGACAGUUUGCCAGAGCCUCCACCUCCUUGCCCACAAGUGAAGAUGAAAGUCAAUUUUUGCAAUUCUCAGGUUUCCAACAGUUCCACACCAGCAGCUGCAGCAUCCCGGGCUCCGACUGCAACGCUUCGUGUCCCUUCUAAUAUUCCUAAUCGUUUGACUACUCCACCCACAGCCCAGCCACAGAGGUACAUGGUGAUACCUGGUCAGCAGGUGGCUCGUGCAGCAACUCCAGUUACCUCUGCUGGUGGUCAAACCGCUACUGGUCAGACUGAACAGUAUACUCUUCAAUUAGUUCAACCUGGUGCUACGGUUGCUUCUAUUGCCCCUCUGGGUGGCCUCACACUGCAGCUGCAACCUCCAGGUAGCAACCGUGUUCAGUGCAUUCAGUCUCUUAUUGGUGGAAUUGGUCGUGUUGUGCAGACUGCUGCUGGGGCCCACUUUGUCAUAACUUCUGUGGGGGAACAACCAGCCAUCACCGCCCAAACGACUGUUGCUAGUACCACAUCUAGUAUUCAGCCUGUUGUAUUAGGCACAAAUGUUGCCACGACAACUGUUGUAACUCCUACACAGAAAAUUGGGAAUCCAUCUGCUGCACCACCAUUUUUAACUAACAUCACUCGACCUCAAACAAAUAAUGCAUCUGUAACAACUCUCAACAAUCAGACUGUCCACAACAGGCCAUUUACACGAGUGACUUCUUUUAACGGCCAUUCUCCUUCUACAACAUCUUUAGAUAGUUCUGUAAAUCAAAAUCAUAUACAACCAACUAAAUCUCCUGUUGUCCAUUCUCUGACAAAACCUGCUCCUAAAUCUGAUGCCAUAUUGAAUGUUUCAUCUGCCAAAAAGAAUUCUGCAUUUUAUUUGGAAUCUUUGGUUCAAGCCCGGGAACAGCAGAGGAAAGAAUGCUUGAAAACACUUGCAAAAAUUAACAAUCGUCGUUGUGGUGCUUGCCCAAUCUAUGGUAGAGAUCUAGUUGAAGCUGUGACCAUUGUCCAUAGUUUGAAACAUCCCAGCACUGGCUGUCCUUGGCAAGGUAGAGGUUAUGUUAAUUGUCUGAAUGCAAUUCCUGCGAAGGUUAAUCCAUCUCUCUACUGGGAUUAUACAGAAACAUUGUCUAAUAUCAUCAAGACACCCGAAGAUCGUGUGGCUGAACUGACUGAUAUCAUCAAUAGGUUUAUUUUCGUGGUUCCUGCUGUAACUGCGCCUGCUGUGGAACUGCAUGUAUCUCAUCCUGCCCCAUGGAAAUUGAAUGAAGAAAAUAUGAACAAUGAGAAAUUAAAUGAAUAUCUUGCUCCUGCUUGUGCCUUUUUGCAUCCUAUUGUUAGUAAUAUGAAGACUCAAUUUCCAGAAUUACGCCUUAUUGAAUAUGAUUGUGGAAAACUGCAAAGGUUGGCGCAUCUUCUUUGGGAGUUAAAAAAAGAUCAUCAUAGAGUUCUUAUUUUCACACAAAUGACACGAAUGCUAGAUAUUUUAGAGCAGUUUCUGAAUUACCAUGGACACACAUAUCUUCGUUUAGAUGGAAACACUAAAAUAGAGCAACGGCAGGCACUUAUGGAACGCUUCAAUGCUGAUAAGCGUAUUUUUUGCUUUAUUCUGUCAACUCGUUCUGGUGGAGUUGGAGUCAAUCUUACUGGUGCAGAUACUGUUAUUUUCUAUGAUAGUGAUUGGAAUCCUACUAUGGAUGCUCAAGCACAAGAUCGUUGUCACAGAAUUGGACAGACACGCGAUGUACAUAUAUACAGACUGAUAAGUGAAAGAACUAUAGAGGAGAACAUUUUAAAGAAAGCCAACCAGAAAAGAAUUUUGGGUGAUGUAGCCAUUGAAGGUGGUAAUUUUACUACUGCUUUCUUUAAAAAAAAUUCCAUUCAGGAGCUUUUUGGUUUUGAACCUGUGAUUAAAGAGGAAGAGAAAAAAAUUGAGGAAAUCCCUUCAGAAAUUACUUUUGAAGAUGGUGAAAAAUUUUCUGAAAAGGAACUUGAACAGGCUUUAGGAAUGGCAGAAGAGGAAUCUGAUUUACAGGCUGCUCAAACAGCCAGUGCAGAAGCAGUGGCGGAACUUGCCGAAUUUGAUGAAUCUAUACCAUUGGAUAAUGACAGUCGAGACAAUGAAGAAAAAUCUGCUGCAGAAGAAGAAUUAGAAAAGCUAAUGUUUCAGUUAUCACCAGUAGAAAAGUAUGCUUUAAAAUUCUUGGAAUCAUUGCAAGAACCAGUUUCCCUUGAGCAGCUCAAAUUAGCUGAAGAAGAAAUAGAAGCACAGAAGAAAGAUUGGGAGCUUGGACACCUGAAGGCUCUAAAAGAGGAGGAAGAACGAAGAUCCAGGCAGCUUGGGGAUGAUGAUUCUCCUCUCUUUUGCAGUAGAGAAGCAGCCAAUCAGGUUUACUUUUCUGUUAAUGGUCAAGAAGAAAUGCCUAUAUGGGCUCCCCCCACACCUCCUACCAAUGAAAAUGACAUUUAUAUUGACUAUAGCGUCACCUUUUGGUAUGAAUCUUCUUUGAUGCAUGAAGCACGAUUGCCUCCAGUAUUCAUUAAGAAAGAAGCAAAGAGACUUAAGAUUGACCCUAUUGUUUCAGUAGCUUCAACUCGCAAGCAGAAAGUGCGAAAGGAUGAUAUGGUGAAUAUUCCUCGUUCCCUUUUCGAUCGUCCUUCUGCUGCCAUCUUGAAGAUGAGACGUGAAGUUAAGAUGCAGAAGGUGAAAGGUUUGAUGGUGGGAACUAGCAGUCUACCAAAACCUAGCAUUGCCUCUUUCCCUGGAUUAAAACAACCUCCCUUGACUGUUUUAAACAAACCAACAAUGGAUGCCCAUCAGGACAGGCCAGACUGGCUUGUCCAAGAGGAUUGGGCUAUACUUCAAGUUAUACAAGAGUUACAAGGCAUUCCUUUGAGUUUGACUGUGCUAUUACCUGCUCAUACUCCUAAUUGGGAUAUGGCCAGCGAAGCAGUGUAUUCGGUUAGUAGAAAUUAUCGCUCACCAAAGGUUUGCCGAAAUCGCUAUGAGAAUGUCAUUGUUCCACGAGAGGAGGGGAAAAUUUUAUAUGAUACCAAUCCCAAAAAGCAGAAAAAGACUAAAGGAAUCUAUAAGACCAAAAAUAACCGACCAAUGAAAACUAGUCAACUUUUUGUACAAGAUAAUAAUUCCGCUUUUACAAGGAUAAUCAAUGACCGUUACAAAUGGAUUAUGGAAGCUUCUGCUAGACGUAAAGCCAAUGAAAAGCAGACAGUGCUGCAGCAAUCAAAAAAUGUGAAAAUUGCCUCCAUCUUGGCUGAAAAUGGUAUUAACUAUGAUGCCCCUCUUGCCCCUACACAGAUUGCUGCAAACAGAGCAGAGAGAAUCGCCCGAGAGAAGCAGAAAACCCAAACAGGAACAGGGACAGUAGUCCUGACGCCCGCUGUUCUUCAGUCUACUGCACAAAAUACAACUCAGGUAUCUGAUCAACAGAUAACAGCCCAACGCCAGGUCACCCAACAACCAACUGUUGCUGUCUCUGCAACGACUAAUUUGAAUGCACAAGCUCAGGCUGUCAUAGCAAGUCUACAACAAGCCCAGCAAUUGCAGCAGGUACAAUUAAGUAAAGCCAACUUGCAAUCAGGAACUGUUGCAUCUGUUUCCUUGGCAAAAUCGCUCACCAGUGGUAUUAUGGUAAAUGCUAGCUCAGCUGGUACAUUGGCUAAUCUCACAAAAGCACUUGGACAAGUCACUUCUAUUACAACUCAGGAUACAGCACAGAAUGUUGCCAUUGCUGCAGCUCUAAAUAAUGCCAGUAUACGCAAUCAACGUGCCACUGUUACUGCUGUUGGCACAACUACUACAAUGACUGUGCAAGAGAUGGUUGUAGCUGCUGCAACUGCUGGUCAAGUACGAGCUGCCACAACUGUCACUGGAGGAAUAUCAACUGCUCCUGCUGUUGUUUCUGUGUCCAACUUAACUGCUGUGCAGUUGGCAGCUUCCCAGCGACUGGCAGGAACAACUCUUUCACCUGCAACAACAGUUGCAUCAGCUGCUGUUAGUCAACUAAAUACUCAGACUGUAACUCCUCAGAGAAUGAGUCAGCUACAAGCACUUAGACAAAAUGCCAUAUUGCGUCAAAGGAGUGAGCAAGCUGCAAAACAACAGCAUCAGUUAAAACGGUUGCAGACUGUUCAGCAGCAAGCCUCUCAGCCUUCUGCUAAAGUUGCUAUUGGAACUGCUGGGACUUUGACAGUGGCAGCACAGCAACGUGUUGCACAACAAGUUACUAUGAAGCAAGGUCGGCCCAUAACAGAGGCUGAGAUGACACAACUCAUGAAAAGACAGCAGCUGCAGAAGCAAGCACAAGUCAAUCUGACUACAGCUCAAAUCCUUGCCCAGGCUCAGUUGCAGGUUCAACCACAACAGGUAUCUAUAACAGGAGGCACUGCUACUUUAGUAAAGACAGUUUCAGCUCCAGGCACAUCUUCCCUAGCUAUUCCUGUUUCCGCUGUUACAGUUGGGGGUGUCAACAUCAAUGUCAGUGUUCCGCAGGGGAAAGCUGGUGCUGUUCCAGCCAAAGCAACUGCUAGUCUCACUAAUCAACAGAUUCGACAAUUUCAGUUGCAACAGCAGCUUUUAAGUCAAGCCCGUAAAAGCAAAGCACAGUCUAAUUUAACUCAACUUGCUAAGGUACAAGGUAAAGGGGCGAGCAUAGCUGCUACCUCAUUAACAGGAUCUAUGAAUGCAGUUCAGAUAGUUCAACACAAUCCUCAGGUAGGCAGUACCCAGCAAGUAAAAGGAUUGCCUACAGCAAUGACAGUGCAACAGAUACAGCAGGCAAUGAAACAAGCAAUUCCUCAAAACUUACCUGUGGUUGUGACAGCAACUCCAAGUCUUCCAAGUGUUCCUCAGCAACAACAGCAGUCUGUUACUCUGAGAGGUGAACCUGGUGUUUCUAGUUCUGUGAAAGCUCAAACAACAACUUUACCAUCUACAACUUUAACCACCAGUGGUGUCCUAAAGGGAACACCAGCUGUUGUUGUUGGGCAACAACAAACAGCUGCGAUUCUGCAGCAGGUAGCUGCCUCUCAGUCUGGAUUAACUCCUCAGGCCGUGACUCUUGCUGUUCGUGCCGCACAAGGCCAGCAACAGCAGGUCCAAAUUCAAGUUCAACCUCAGUCACAGGUGGUUUCAGCUGCACUCCAAAAUACCCAGAACCGAAUCCAACAGCAGAAUACAGCACAGGUCUCGAGCAUUCUUUCUCCUACAGCAACUAUUGUUCAGCAAGUUGCUUCUGAUUCUACAGUCCCUUCUUCAACUCAUGUUGUUAUGCAUACUGUUGCAACAUGCAGUUCAACGUCUGCUUUAACACUGACCACUUCACAGUCGAAUGCUCAGGUUGUGCAAGCAGCUAUGCAGGUUGCACGACAGCAGCAACAACAAGCAGCCGCUGCUGCAGCAGCUGCAGCUGCACAACAGCAAAAGGCAUCGCCUUAUACCAUGCGACUGAGAAAUCCUCCUAAAUGAGGUAUUGAAUGCUCUAUAGCUGUUAUAAAUAGCUACAAUUCCAUAAUUAAACAAAAGCACCAUUUUGUUUUUCUUGAAGAGUGUUGUCCAACACAUAUGAAGACAAAGACAGUUUUUGAUUUGACAACAUCAUAUUUCACUAUUUGACUUGUGAAUCCACUAAUAAUUAUUUCCAUUAUACAUCAUUUGAGAUUUUUGAAUCCUGUACAAUCACAAGUAGAAAAAGUGAAAGAUGUGUUUGGUGUGUGCAUGAGGUUCAUCUUUAUGAAUUUUCAUUAACUCAUAUUUAAUUUAACUUGUGAAAAAGUAGAUAAAAAAAUUGCAAAAAUUUUUGUAGCAUACCAAAGUCUUGCACCGUUUUAGGUGAAAGAACAGUUUCUUUCUUUUCAUUUUUGACUUCACUUUUAAAUGUUUCUGAAAAAGAUUUGUGUAAUAUUCUAGUUGUAAAUAAGAGAAAUUGCCUUGCCAUUGUUCAUCAUUUAGAAAAUCCUCUUUGUAUAAAGUGCUUUCAUUCAGUGUUGCUAUCGUCCAAAUAUGAGGAAAUAUUAAAAACUUGUGUGUCACUCCAAAAUGUACAGAUCAUAAUUAAAAAGAUAAACAGCUAUUA